GGUGUUUCACAUUUCCGACAUGACUGUUGUUGUUCCAGUUUUUGCGUCAAAGCUAGCGGGACUUGAUACGAUUGUCUCUGUCUGCUAUGUUUGAGAAUUCAAGUUGCACUCUGGUCUAAUGUGUCAGCCCUGGACAGACCAUAUAUAAACUUCGCGUUUCUGGCCAUUCAGCUUUUCCCAUCUUGACUUCGAACCGUUAUCUGCCAAUAUCCUCACCUUCACUUACAAUGUCUACUCCGAACUCUUUCAGUGAAAGCGGACACGCGGGCGUGUCCUCAUGUCCACAGCCCACCAUGACCAAGGCUGACGAGUGCAGGCACUCGUCCUUUAAUGCUCCCACCGGCUGGGAGAUGUAUCUACCCUGGCUAGCCCAGCACCCCACGGGUACCCUGCCAAAUCAGUCGAGGCACCCUCACUCAGGCGGAAACGCGUCAACGCACCCGAACGGGGGCUACGAGAGUCCGUCUUAUUCGACCUACGUGUUCAAACAACUUCGCCGGCCGGCGGCGGCUGGCACUGCCGCCUCUCCUGCGCUGUCCUCAGGUUUCGAGGUUGUCGACAUUGAAUAUAUAGAGACACCGGACCUGCCUACGUUCUCACCAGCAUGUAACAGGGCGGUCCAAUUCAGAGCGCGUGGUUUAUUCGGACUUGGCCUUUUCAACGUCCCGCAGCUCGACGAAAUGUAUGCGAACACGAUUACAGUGGCGAGUCCGCCUUUCGCAGUGGCGAGCAAUGAACCGUCUAGGAAAGGGAGGGAAACGAGAUCACGACGUCCCGCGCUUCGACGUCUGCCCGUUCCCGUCGCGGAACUCGCAGAGGCAGCCAGAUGUCCCAACAACAAACGUCCCAGCAACAAGGCUAGUCCUGGUUGCGAUCGGUGGUGGCCCGCAAAUGGCCAAGUACCACAGCGUGUUGGCCUCGGGAUAAUCAAUGUCCCGCAGAUGUCAAACCCAUCUCCCCAUUCGAUGGGUACAACGCAUUCCCGCAACGUCGGAAGAGGACGUUCGGCCGAACCGGCUCGGUCGAACUCGUUCCUGGGCUGGCUGAAGAGAAAGACUGCCUUCUUACGCCAUGCUAGAGCUUAG